AUGCAAGCUCAGAGGCCUGUUUCACCGGAGCGGACUGCAGAGAAACCCACCAGACCGCAUCGGCGUAACCGGGCAGCCCUGUCGUGCGAACCGUGCCGCCUAAGGAAGCUGAAAUGCAACCGGCAGCACCCCUGUCAAAACUGCACUGCCCGAGAUGAGCAACCGUCCUGUAAAUUCCGCGGACAUGGAAAGGAUGGUGCCGGUGCCGCCAACGAGGUCCCGGCCGCUGGGGGAGGGCUGCGCCAACGGAUAGACAAUUUGGAGACUCUUGUUAAGAAAUUGAUCAAGGAGCGGCAGCCUGUCUCAACGUACGCCGAAGUCACAGUCUAUACCCCUGAAAGUCCCACCCCCGAGCCGGAUUCGGCCGUGUCCACCCAAGAUGUUCCAGGUGUUGGAAAGACGGUCUUGGAUGGCGGCCAUUCCGUCUAUCUCAGCGGGAACGAGUGGCAUGUCGUGCUUGAAGAGAUUAAAGACCUGAAGAAAGCCUGGACCCAGGAGGAGGAUGAGAGCCAGAGCGACCAUAGCAUUACUCCAGCACUCUCCUAUACCGUCGACGGAUCGAGUCUGCUUUUCAACCAGGUGAAGCCGAUGGAAAGAAUGGAAAUUCUCUCUGCUCUACCGCUUAGGCCCGAAGUCGAUCAACUACUGUCGUACUUUUUUAGCCCAGCAUUCCCGAUCCACCUCCCCCCCAUCCUCCACGAACCAACCUUCAUGCGCGAGUAUAACGAGCAUUGGGAGAACCCGUCCCGGACUAGCUUUAUGUGGCUCGGCCUCCUGUUUUCCAUUCUCGGCAUCACGAUGCUUGCAUAUCAACAGCAUGGGGAAGCACAAAGGUACAAGGGCAUAUCGGAACCGCUCUUCCAGGUUUAUCGCGUGCGUACAUCACAGUGCCUCCUGAACGGGGACAUCGCGAAGUGUCUUCCCUACACCGUCGAAACAUUACGCUUCAACGCCACGGCCGAGCUCAACCGCAAAGACGACAACCGCCGCGGCCUGUGGAUCAUGUCGGCCGUCGUCGUCCGCGCGGCCAUCAACAUGGGCUACCACCGCGACCCCUCGCGCAUCCCAGGCCUAUCGGCACUCCAGGCUGAGUACCGCCGGCGUCUCUGGUUCUCGGUCAAGAGCAUGGACGACAUGGCCUCCUUUCUCGGCGGCUUCCCGCGCAUGACGGCGGCCGUCGCCUCGGACACGGCCGAGCCGCGCAACCUGCACGAUUGGGAGCUGUCCGUGGACACAGCCCCGGCGCCGCCGUCACGGCCGCUAACGGAGCCUACGGCAGCGACCUACCUGAUCGUCAAAGGCCGGCUGUUCCGUGCGCUGGGCCGCGUGGCCGAUUUUAACAGCGCGCCGACGCUCGGCUCGUGCGAGGCGCUGCGCAGCGUCGACACCGCCCUGCGCGACGCCCGCCGCGGCCUGGACCACAUGGCCGCGGGCGCCGCCGACAUGUCAUACUUUGGCAUGCUAGGAAUGUACCACAGCGGUGUGUGCACGCUGCACCGCCGGUUCAUGGCCCUGGCUGCGCGUGGCGACGCUAGCUUCGCCUUCGCGCGCGAGCGGUGCGUCGCGUCCGCGCUGGCCCUGCUCGAGAUGCAGCAGACACUGGAGCCGAAGUUCCACGCGUACUGGCAGACCCGGCAGAUGAUGACGCUCGGCGCCAUGGUGCUGUUUCUAGAGCUGGAGCUACGGCGCAAGGCUUCUCCUAGUGAUGCGGAUGCGGGUGCGUCCCCGGACAGCAGCGUGCUGCUGCAGGCGUUAGAGCAGUCCUGUGACCGUUGGGCCCAGGCCGUGGCCGCAUGUGAGGAGGCGGGGGGCGUCUAUCGCCUGCUUGUCAGCAUGAUGGCCGGUUUUCAUGUGGCGGCACCGUUAGAGACACGCUUCGAGCUUUCGAGUCCGGGGCUUGGUGGCUCCAAUGGGUUUUUCUCGUUGGAGACGGACUUUUCUGGGGUGGAUUUUGAUUUGGUUUGUCACUCAGCCUUGGGAAUGUCAAGAAGUUUGAGCUAA